CGAGGGGCAGCGGCGGGGGCAUGUGGAUGUUGGCCGUCGCCUUGCUCCACAGCAUCUCGCACGUUUUCAGUGAAGAUCUACACGCCAGUCUAUAUUUUGUCAAUGCAUCUCUGCAAGAGGUAGUGUUUGCUAGCACCACAGGGACAUUGGUACCCUGUCCAGCAGCAGGGAUCCCCCCUGUGACGCUCAGAUGGUAUCUAGCAACGGGCGAGGAGAUCUACGAUGUCCCAGGGAUCCGCCACGUCCACCCCAAUGGCACUCUCCAAAUUUUCCCCUUCCCUCCUUCAAGCUUUAAUAACUUAAUCCAUGAUAACACUUACUAUUGCACAGCUGAAAAUCCUUCAGGGAAAAUCAGAAGUCAGGAUGUUCACAUUAAGGCCGUUUUACGGGAACCCUAUACAGUCCGUGUGGAGGACCAGAAAGCCAUGAGAGGCAAUGUAGCAGUGUUCAAGUGCAUUAUCCCCUCCUCUGUGGAGGCAUAUAUCACUGUUGUCUCAUGGGAGAAAGACACAGUCUCGCUUGUCUCAGGACCUAGAUUUCUCAUCACAUCCACGGGAGCCUUGUAUAUUUUAGAUGUACAGAAUGAAGACGGACUGUACAACUACCGAUGUAUCACAAGGCACAGAUACACUGGAGAAACACGACAAAGCAACAGUGCAAGACUUUUUGUAUCAGAUCCAGCGAAUUCAGCUCCAUCUAUUCUAGAUGGGUUUGACCACCGUAAAGCCAUGGCAGGACAGCGAGUGGAGCUGCCUUGCAAAGCAUCAGGGCACCCCACACCAAAGUAUCGUUGGCUGAAGGACAAUGUUCCCUGGGAGCCUGACAGCAGGUUUCGGCAGACAGUUACAGGUCUGCUGAUAGAGAACACGCGUCCCUCAGACUCAGGCAACUACGUCUGCGAGGUGUGGAACAACUAUGGUACUGCUGAGAUGAUAGGGCGACUAUAUGUAAAACAACCACUAAAAGCCACAAUCAGCCCACGGAAAGUAAAAAGCAGUGUUGGUAGCCAAGUGUCUUUGUCCUGCAGUGUGACAGGAACUGAGGACCAGGAGCUCUCCUGGUACCGUAAUGGUGAAAUCAUCAACCCUGGUAACAAUGUCCGGAUCACUGGGGUCAACCGGGAGAACCUUAUUAUGGAUGGCAUGGCUAAGAGUGAUGGUGGAGCAUACCAGUGCUUUGUGCGUAAGGACAAGAUGUCUGCUCAAGAUUAUGUUCAGGUGGUACUAGAAGAUGGAACUCCCAAAAUCAUUUCUGCCUUCAGUGAGAAAGUGGUGAGUCCAGGAGAGCCUGUCUCUCUUAUGUGCAAUGUGAAGGGGACCCCCCUGCCUACCAUCACUUGGACACUGGACGAAGAUCCCAUUGUGAAGGAUGGCAGUCAUCGUAUCAGCCAGAUUAUCACCUCUGAAGGGAACGUGGUCAGUUACCUGAAUAUCUCUAACACUCAGGUCCGAGAUGGUGGAGUUUAUCGCUGUAUUGCCAACAACUCUGCUGGAGUCGUCCUGUACCAGGCUCGAAUAAACGUAAGAGGGCCAGCAAGUAUUCGACCAAUGAAAAACAUCACAGCAAUAGCAGGACGGGACACCUACAUCCACUGCCGCGUAAUUGGCUACCCAUAUUACUCCAUCAAAUGGUACAAGAACUCUAACCUGUUACCCUUUAACCAUCGCCAAGUGGCAUUUGAGAACAACGGGACACUGAAGCUUUCAGAUGUGCAGAAGGAAGUAGAUGAGGGUGAAUACACAUGCAAUGUCCUCGUUCAGCCCCAGCUGUCCACCAGCCAGAGUGUUCACGUGACAGUAAAAGUUCCACCUUUUAUUCAGCCUUUUGAGUUCCCAAGGUUCUCCAUUGGACAGCGGGUCUUCAUUCCCUGUGUGGUGGUCUCUGGAGAUCUGCCCAUCACCAUUACCUGGCAGAAGGAUGGCAGGCCCAUCCCAGCCCUUGGGGUGACCAUUGAUAACAUCGACUUCACCAGCUCCUUAAGGAUCUCUAAUCUUUCGCUGAUGCACAAUGGGAAUUACACCUGUAUAGCUAGAAAUGAUGCAGCAGCUGUGGAGCACCAAAGCCAAUUAAUUGUGAGAGUGCCCCCUAGGUUUGUGGUUCAACCAAGCGACCAAGAUGGGAUAUAUGGAAAAGCUGUAAUUCUCAACUGCUCUGCAGAGGGUUAUCCUGUUCCUACCAUUGUCUGGAAGUACUCAAAAGGUGCCGGAGUUCCUCAGUUCCAGCCAAUUGCACUGAACGGUCGUAUCCAGCUUCUCACAAAUGGUUCCUUGCAUAAACAUGUUUUGGAAGAAGACAGUGGAUACUUCUGCAAGGUCAGCAAUGAUGUGGGAGCAGACGUCAGCAAGUCCAUGUACCUCACUGUUAAAAUUCCAGCUAUGAUAACUUCCUAUCCAAACACCACCCUUGCAACACAAGGUCAAAAGAAGGAGAUGAGCUGCACGGCACAUGGAGAGAAACCCAUCAUAGUCCGCUGGGAGAAAGAGGACCGAAUCAUUAACCCUGAAAUGUCCCGUUAUCUUGUUUCCACCAAGGAAGUUGGAGAUGAAGUGAUCUCUACUCUGCAGAUUUUGCCAACUGUACGUGAAGAUUCUGGCUUCUUUUCCUGCCAUGCCAUCAAUUCUUAUGGGGAGGAUCGCGGAAUAAUUCAGCUCACUGUGCAAGAGCCCCCUGACCCUCCUGAGAUAGCAAUCAGAGAGGUGAGAGCACGCAGUAUUGCCCUCAUAUGGACCAUGGGAUUUGAUGGAAACAGCCCUAUCACUGGCUAUGAUAUUGAAUGCAAGAAUAAGUCAGACUCUUGGGAUUCUGUUCAGAGAACCAAAGAUGUUUCCCCUCAGCUAAACCAAGCCACUAUCAUUGACCUCCACCCUUCCUCAACUUACAACAUACGCAUGUAUGCCAAGAACCGCAUCGGCAAGAGUGAGGCCAGCAAUGAGCUCACCAUCACAACUGAUGAAGCAGCUCCCGAUGGUCCACCUCAGGAUGUUCAGCUUGAGCCUGUAUCUUCACAAAGCAUUAGAGUCACCUGGAAGGCUCCAAAGAAGCACUUGCAAAAUGGAAUUAUCCGUGGAUACCAGAUAGGUUAUCGGGAGUACAGUGCAGGAGGCAAUUUCCAGUUUAACAUCAUCAGUAUUGAUACCACAGGGGACAGUGAAGUUUAUACACUGAAUAACCUGAAAAAAUUCACCCAAUAUGGCAUGGUAGUCCAGGCCUGUAACCGGGCUGGAAUAGGACCUUCUUCUCAGGAAAUCAUCACCACGACUCUUGAGGAUGUGCCCAGUUGUCCUCCAGGGAAUGUGCAAGCCACUGCAACAUCACCAGAAACAAUUUCUAUUUCUUGGUCAACACUGGCAAAAGAAACACUGAAUGGGAUUCUGCAAGGAUUCAGGGUUAUCUACUGGGCCAAUCUCUUGGAUGGAGAGCUAGGAGAAAUAAAGAAUGUCACCACCACGCAGCCAUCACUGGAGCUUGAUGGUCUGGAAAAAUAUACCAACUACAGCAUACAGGUGUUGGCUUUUACACGAGCUGGAGAUGGAGUGAGAAGUGAACAAAUUUUCACCCGCACUAAAGAAGAUGUUCCAGGUCCUCCUGCUGGUGUUAAAGCAGCUGCAUCUUCAGCCUCCACUGUCUUUGUGUCCUGGCUCCCUCCCCUCAAGCUCAAUGGCAUCAUCCGGAAAUACACCGUAUUCUGCUCACACCCCUAUCCCACGGUAAUCAGCGAGUUUGAAGCCUCUCCCGACUCAUUUUCCUACAGAAUCCCCAACCUGAGUCGGAAUCGCCAGUACAGCGUCUGGGUGGUAGCAGUGACUGCUGCAGGAAGAGGCAACAGCAGCGAGAUCAUCACUGUAGAACCACUAGCAAAAGCUCCUGCCAGGAUUUUGACGUUCAGCGGCACAGUGACAACUCCCUGGAUGAAGGACAUUGUCCUCCCUUGCAAAGCUGUUGGAGACCCAGCUCCAACAGUGAAAUGGAUGAAGGAUAGUAACGGGACACCCAGUCUAGUGAUGAUUGAUGGACGAAGAAGCAUCUUUAGCAAUGGCAGCUUUGUCAUCCGUACUGUGAAAGCAGAAGACUCUGGAUACUACAGCUGUGUGGCCAGUAACAACUGGGGAUCAGAUGAAAUAAUUUUGAAUUUACAGGUACAAGUUCCACCAGACCAGCCAAGACUUACUGUGUCCAAAACUACAUCUUCCUCCAUCACUCUUUCCUGGAUACCUGGAGACAAUGGUGGCAGUUCUAUCCGAGGUUAUAUUUUGCAGUACUCAGAAGACAACAGUGAGCAGUGGGGCAGUUUUCCCAUUAGCCCUAGUGAGAGGUCCUACCGCUUAGAAACAUUGAAAUGUGGCACUUGGUACAAGUUUACUCUAACUGCACAGAAUGGAGUGGGGCCAGGACGCAUCAGUGAGAUCAUUGAGGCCAAAACGCUUGGAAAAGAGCCACAGUUUUCAAAGGAACAAGAACUCUUUGCUAGUAUCAAUACCACAAGAGUGAGGCUGAACCUGAUAGGCUGGAAUGAUGGUGGCUGCCCCAUCACCUCCUUCACCCUGGAGUACCGGCCAUUUGGGACGACAGUCUGGACAACUGCUCAGCGGACAUCCCUGUCAAAGUCCUACAUACUGUAUGACCUCCAGGAGGCAACCUGGUACGAACUGCAAAUGAGAGUAUGCAACAGUGCUGGCUGUGCAGAGAAACAAGCCAAAUUUGCAACGCUUAAUUAUGAUGGCAGUACAAUCCCUCCACUCAUUAAGUCAGUUGUGCAAAGUGAGGAAGGGCUGGCAACCAACGAAGGGCUAAAGAUGCUGGUGACCAUUUCCUGUAUCUUGGUUGGGGUCUUGCUGCUUUUUGUGAUGCUGCUGAUUGUGCGAAGGAGGAGGAGGGAGCAGAGACUGAAAAGGCUGCGAGAUGCAAAGAGUUUGGCUGAAAUGCUUAUGAGCAAGAAUACCCGGACAUCAGAUACACUUAAUAAGCAGCAGCAAACGCUGAGGAUGCACAUAGACAUUCCCAGAGCACAGCUUUUGAUCGAGGAGAGGGACACGAUGGAGACCAUUGAUGACAGAUCAACAGUUCUACUAACUGAUGCUGACUUUGGAGAGACGUCUAAACAGAAGUCACUGACUGUCACCCACACAGUACAUUACCAGUCUGUGUCACAGGCUACAGGACCACUGGUGGAUGUUUCUGAUGCCCGGCCAGGAACAAAUCCUACCACAAGGAGGAGUGCCAAAACCGGACCCACAGCUCGCAACCGCUAUGCUAGUCAGUGGACCCUCAACAGACCUCACCCCACCAUAUCAGCUCAUACCCUCACCACAGACUGGAGGCUUCCCACCCCCAGGCCAGCAGGAUCCGUGGACAAGGAAAGCGACAGCUACAGUGUCAGCCCCUCACAGGACACAGAUCGAGCAAGAAGCAGCAUGGUCUCCACAGAAAGUGCCUCCUCAACAUAUGAAGAGCUAGCAAGAGCAUAUGAGCAUGCAAAAAUGGAAGAGCAGCUGAGACAUGCCAAGUUCACCAUUACAGAAUGCUUCAUAUCAGACACGUCGUCAGAGCAGCUCACGGCAGGGACUAAUGACUACACAGACAGUCUGACCUCAAGCACGCCGUCAGAGUCGGGGAUUUGCAGGUUUACUGCAUCCCCCCCCAAACCUCAGGAUGGAGGGCGAGUGAUGAACAUGGCAGUUCCAAAGGCACAUCGGCCAGGUGAUCUCGUGCAUUUGCCACCGUACCUCCGGAUGGACUUUUUGUUGAACCGUGGCGUGCAGGGCGCGAGCAGAGACCUGGGUCUGGGGCAAGCCUGCUUGGAGCCACAGAAAAGCCGAACCUUGAAGCGCCCCACUGUCCUGGAGCCGAUCCCCAUGGAGGCAUCCUCCACGAGAGACGUCCAGUCAUGGCAACCUGGUGCUGUGGCAACGUUACCUCAGCGAGAAGGAGCUGAGCUAGGACAGGCAGCGAAAAUGAGCAGCUCCCAAGAAUCCCUGCUGGACUCCCGGGGCCACUUGAAAGGAAACAACCCCUACGCAAAAUCUUACACCCUGGUAUAACAAAAAGAGCAUGGCUGGACAGUGGCUGUAAAUAUUUACACUGAAAAAAAAAUCCAAUGAAAGCUACCUUUUUUUUAUUGAAUUCCAAUAUUUAUAAUUAAAGAAGAAGAUUGCCAAAAUAUUUGACAAAAAAAAAUAAUAUGAGCGACAGACAGUGCAAAGACUCUCUUGCUUUUUUUCUGUCUGAGUGUGAGCUUCAUCUGACUGGACAUCUGAAUUUUUGGGUAAAAGAGUCCAGUUUUCUGAUCUUCACAAACGUUUGUGUUUUUACUGAUUUUCUACGAAGUGCAUGGAGACUUAACUGAAACAUUUUAACUGGAAGUUCCAUCAGACAAGAUUAAAAAGGGAAAAAAAAUCACUUUAAAAAAAUCACGAUAUUUGUGAAUUUAACAGGAACAUGGGAAAACAAAAAGUCUUUUGUCAUGUUUUGCACUUUUUUUUUUUUUAAUUAGAAAAUGGGUCCUUGAUUGUUCUUUUUUUUUUGUUGUUAAUUAGGAUGAGUGAUGUCAGUGGAGUGAGGGGACUGUUUUGUUUUUUUUUUUUAAAUAUUAAUUUAAUGAGACACUCUUUGCAUUUUGUCUAUGCGAAAUAAAAGGGUCUUCUGCCUUUAUUUGUGACGUCUGCUUCCAUUGACUUCUGCUGUACUUGGCUUUCCCUAAGCAUAAUAACCAUUUUAGUACUGUCCUCUGAACACUGUAUUCUUGUACCUUGGUCAGAAAAGGCAAGUGGGGUCAUGCCUUCCAAAAAAAAUAUAAAAUGAAAAUGGGGUUCACUCUCCCACAGCAUUUUUGCUACCCAGGGGCAGAGAGCCAGAACAGCGCAAAUGCAGCCUGUUCCCCAUCAAACUAAUCU